GACCGUUCUUCACCUGUGUGUCUAUAGGCUACGAGCCAAAGACAUAGCUACUGAACUGGCUCCCCUGAUUCCCUUCAAUAUUUUUUCAAACAUAGACUAUUUUAAACAAUAAUUGUUAUACUUCAUAUGUCUAAUUUACGAUAUGUAUCUAUUGCCCAUGUGGCACAGCGAAUCAAAGUUAAUAGGCCUAAAGGCUACUUUCCAUUUUGCAUACGUUCAAUUGUAGGGUAUCUAAACCAACUAAAGCUCGACUAAAAUAUUGUAAACCCAUUUAUUUAAAAUUUAUAGUAUGGGAAGAGUGAAAUCACAGAUUCGUUUCGACCUGUUCUCGCAUGUGUCUGCUGAAAAACUGUUUCAUCCCGAGCUGCACGUAAUUAUGAGCGCAUUUAAAGAAGCGGGUUUUUAUCUUCUUCUUUUAAUGUAGCCAGUCGCCGCAUUCAAAAACGGUACGUGGGAUUAUACAUUAUCACAACUUUGCCAUGACUGGGAAAGGCUGGCAAGCAAACCGCAGACAGAUUCACUUCAGAUUCAGGCGAUUCACUUCCUUGUGUGGUCGACCUACAGUAAGCUAGGUCAGCAACACGCGCUGGAGAGAUGUGUGUAGACAUCAAACCAUGAGACGAACGCAAGUUUACCCGACUGCUGUUCCUGCUUUUCAUUCUCGUUAAGUUUCUUCUUUUUUCCGAUUCACGUUCAUCUUCUUGUAAUGUAGCUUAUGAAACACUGUCGCUGUGUCUGCAUAUACCAACCUGUCUGUCACUAACUUGGCUCAAGGGAAGACAGAGGAGGGGGCCUUCAUUUACUUGCGGGGCCCUAGGCAACUUGCGUAGUGUGCGUAUAGGGAGAACCGGCCCUGCCCAUCCCAACCUACUCUCUGUAUCCCCAUCCACUAUCUGCUAUAGGACAGUUAUGUCACCAAACCGGUAAUUCAACACUUACAGUAUGUCCCAGUUUGGAGGGCAUGAAUCAUCAGCUAACUAUGGCAGGAAAUACCUUGCUAUUUACUGGAAAAAGAAGAAUUAUACUUUAAGGAAAUUGUGAAUAAUGGAAGGAAACUGUUAGCAUUUUUUACCAUACCAUCUUCUACAUGAUGUUCUGCAAAUGUUAUGAUCAGUCAAAUGUUUAAAUGCUUCUGAGUUUUAUGAACGGAUUGUAUGCAAAUCAAUGGUCAAUUCAGACCGUUUCGGCCGUGAUCAUUUUUAAAUUCCUGUUUGGAAUAGAAUAAAUGUAUUAAUUAAAUGUUUCAGUGGUCAAUCCAGACGGUUUUUGGAUCAGUUUUAAAUCAGCUUUAUAGGCCCGGUUUGCAUUUGCAAACAAGGAAUUUCACUCCGGUUAAUCUUUGCUCUCAAGUACAACACUCAACAAUAACAUAAAACGAAUGAGAAUAAGCAUACAGAACAAGUGGGGCUAUGCAUAAAAACAAAUACAGUUUGUGUAUUUGCAAAUAAAUAGAUACUAUAGGGUGGGAUAGGGUAAUGCAGUUGUCUGGAGCGGUUGCGGCAGUCCCGCGGAAGGUGCAGCAAAUGUCUAGACGACUGCCAUAUUUGCAUUACAGUCUAACCCCAUACAUUACUGUGGGAGAUUCUUUGUCUCUGGUGUGUAGGCCUACCCUUAUAUUUUGUUAGGGUUAGUGAGAAACAAGAACUAUUAAAUCUAACAACGUAAGUUUCGUAAACAAAAAACACACCUGAGCUCAUCUAUACUACCUGUCUGCCAGACACUUACACUACUUUGCAUUUUUCUCACUCCAAGCUGACGUUAUGAAAUUGCUGCUCUCGCUAUGAAUGAAUGGAAUGUUCGUGUUGGAUAAUUCAGUGCAAUAUGAGGAGGGUGACUACUAGCGUUAAAAGAUUUGAGUGGGGUUGUGCUACCCCCACUCGUGAUGACUCAUGGAAUACCUCUCGUCCAAUCAGAAAUUAAUAGUUGGACUGGAUCUAACUGCUCUAACUGUUACUGUAUAACAUGGUGUUAUCCUUACAGAAUCAAAUGGAAAUCUGGAUAUCACAGAGAUAAAUAAAGAUUUACACCUUGUUGAAGGGGACAUCAAGACAACAUGAAUGCCAAAGGAGUCAUCCUCAAAGCCUUUGAGCAAUUCAGGCUCAAGACCUGCAUUGAUUUUCAGCCCCGGCAAGGGUCUGAACAAUAUGUUACACUGAAGUGGGGUCUAGGAUGCUGGUCUGAGGUAGGAAGACAGCCUAAAAUGGAACAGGAACUCGCCCUCGGCUCUGGCUGUGAUAAUGUGGGAACCGUAGAGCAUGAACUCAUGCACACUUUGGGCUUCUGGCAUGAGCAGUCAAGAUAUGACCGUGACAGUUACAUCUCAAUCAACUGGGAAAACAUCGAAGAAGGGGAGGAGAGCCAAUUUGAAAUUAGCACCAAUACCACAAACAGCACCAUGGACACCCCAUAUGACUACUUCUCAGUCAUGCACUACCCCAAAGAUGCCUUCACCAAUGGCAACGGAUUAACCAUCAUCACAAAACUACCUGAGUUCCAAGAUGUGAUUGGACAGAGACUGGAUAUGAGUCAUUAUGAUGUAGAAGAGCUCAACAAGUUCUAUAGAUGCAAUGAGUCCAUCUCCUUCCUGGACCACUGCAGCUUUGAUGAUGACGAGAGCAUGUGUGACAUGAGGGUGUGCUUCAGAAGAUCACAAGGAUGGAAAAGAGAGAGACGAGUAGCGGGAGGUCCACAGUCUGACCACACACACCUGGACAUGGACUCCCAGGGCACAGGCUUCUUCAUGCACUUCAGCACCAAGAGAGGCAGAGUGGAACAUUCAGCCAGACUACAAACCAGGAGGAUGACCCCCAGAAGAAGCUGCAAGGUCCAGUGCCUUGAGUUAUUCUACUACCACAGUGGGAGUUGGUCUGACCAACUCAACAUCUGGAUAAGAGAGUUUGAUGGUGUUGAUGACGUGAAGGGGACUCGCAGACUUAUGAGUCGGAUACAAGGUUCUUCAGCCGACUACUGGCAGCUCCAUCAUGUUCCUCUGAACGCCACAAAGAGCUUCCAGGUGGAGUUUGAGGCCAUAAAAGGAGGGGGGUCCUCCAAAGGUGGCUUCUCUGUGGAUGACAUCAACCUGUCAGAAACGGAAUGCCCCCAUCACACAUGGCAGAUCAAUAACUUUGAGGAAAAAUUAAACAUUAGUGCGAACAACUCAUUUAUUUUCAGCCCAAAGUACUACUCUGAAGAUGGAUAUAGGUACCAGAUAUUGAUACGACUGAACAAAGAUUAUUUUGGAGUAUUUGUACGACUAGUUUCAGGGAUCAAUGACUAUACACUGCAGUGGCCUUGUGACUCAAGGCAAGUAACUGUUACUUUACUGGACCAGAACCCUCACAUUCAAAAGCGUAUGUCCAAACAAAGAAGUAUAACUACAAGUUCAUCACAAGACCUUGAAGAAUUCUUUCAUAGGCCAAGAAAAUAUGGAACUCUGCAAACAGAUGACAGCUCAGAAGAUGUUUAUGCUAAUGACGGCACAGGUGAUAGCGCUUUCAUGUCUGCUACUAUUCUCAAAUCCAGAACAUUUCUGAAAGGAGGGAACGUUUUCUUCCUCAUCUCUAUACAAGACAUCUCCAAAUUAAGCUACCUGAACUCACUUCCAUGCCCCAACAUCUCAGUGAAGAACUUACCUGUGCAAAACGAUGAUGAUGAUGAUGAUUAUGAUGAUGAUGAUGAAGUCCCGUGUACAACUCUGUCCUUUCUUUAUACUCUAUACCCUGGCACCACCCCCAGGACAACUGCAUCAACCACCAGAGAACAUUUCGUCAUAACCUCAGGCAACCCUGAGGUAACACCUCCUGACAACACUACCCUCAGUCCAGCUACCGCAAGAACUGGAGAUCACCAAGUCAAGACUACAGGCAAUGCUGACAGAUCUGGGGUGUUUUCAACCAAGACUGAUGUCUCCCCAUGGGUUGUAGUUACAGUUGUGCUGUCCUUGAUCAUUAUUAUCUGCAUUAUCUUGGGUGUGAUGUAUAAAAAAGGCCGUUCUAAUAUAUACACACAUAGCAUUUCUUUUCAAAACUUGUUGCUUGAACAAGAACAUCAAACAAUAUAGGAAAAGCUUCACAUUAGGAAAAAAAGAGCAUACCUUUUCAAGACACCCCCACUGCCCUUGUUUGUACUUCAUCUUCUUUUAUUCCUGCAAGAUUGUAAAUAAAUUAUUUAUUUG